GUGACGGCGGUUCUUGCUUGCUUGGAGCCCUUCCGUGCCAGCUUCGCUCGGGGAAAGGACCGCAGGAGGUGCAAGGCAGGGAAAAUGGGAUGGCGUGAGACCAGAGGGGCAUGGACGCUGGCCCUCUUACUGGUCUUGCUCCUCAACCUUCUGGCAGAGCCCUUGCACUCCACUAAGGAGGGCAUCUCUCUAGAAACUGUGAUCUCGGCCGCUGUAGUAGAGUUGCUGAAAGCAGAGGAAGACAUGAAGAAGGUUGAACAUCAUAAUCAGACGCAUCCCAAGGAAGUAGAAUUUGGACCAUGCACAGUUACAUGUGGCAUUGGCAUGCGAGAAGUUAUAUUAACCAACGGAUGUCCUGUAAAUGAAAAAAAGUGUAUUGUGCGUAUUGAAGAGUGCAAAGGGCCACCAGAUUGUGGUUGGGGCAAGCCUCUUGCUGAAACUCUUGAAAGCGUGAAGAUGCCUUGUAUUUUUGUCAGAGAAUCGAAUCGAUUUCAGUAUACUUGGAAAAUGUUAAUUCCAGACCAGCAAUCACUCAUUAUUCCUAACGAUUCAGCUGUUCUGGAAGUGCACAGGGAUACUCACCCAGUUGCUUUCGAGUGUGAUACGACGGAAGAUGAAGAGUUGAUUGCAUCUGUAAAAUAUACAGUAUAUUCAACCGAUGAAUUGGAAACGAGGCGGUCUCGAAAGCCAAGCGCAAAUGCAGUACUGGUGUUUGUCCUUGUAACUGGAAUUAUUAUUUGCGUUGGUGUGCUCUUCGCAAUAAUCUUCGUACUUUUUAAUUGGGCUGCUGUAAAGGUUUUCUGGCAAACCAGAGUUUGGAAGAGCCGAGAAUCGAUGAGCUCAAGUCUUGUGAGAAGUUCCUCCGGGUUGACCCCGACGGUAGAUUUGUCUCAGAUUUCACAGCUAGAAAGCAGCUCCCACAGACAGGCGUCUUACCACGAAUGGAACGAGCCCCUCAGAGAAGGAGGAGAAGGAGGAGGAACAGAAGAAGAAAGAGGAAAUAAUUAGAAGAGAUUACUUUGAGAGAGAGAUUAUUUUA